GUAUGAGAGUGUGUCAGUGAUGUGACUGAAUAGGGUGAAAUGACCUCAGAGCGGACAACAGGCUGAUUAUCAUGCUGAGCUGGUGAUGCCGUCGCUGCUGAGACCUAUGAAGGACGAUGGGGACAGUCAUUCGUCCAUUACAGACCCAAUCCAGGACAAAAAGAAAAACUAAAAGCUACAGACCUAAGAAAGAAAUGAACUAAGGACCAUCAACUGUUGGACCAUGUAGAGCAUGUCAUUUUGAUGAAGGCAGUAUUAUUGAAAGGGCUAAGAACAGAAAUGGAAACAAAGUUUUGAAUAACGUAUUCAUGAUGAACAGUCUAAAGCUCUAGUUCAUCGCAUCUUAGCUGGUGCCUUUGUAGCAGUCUUACUGAUGUUAGCCAUUUUUAAAAGGAAGCUGGCAUUAGUGUCUUUGAAGCAAUUACAGUAGUAGGUCAUACAUUAAAAAAAAUGCAAAAAAUAUAAAAAGAAAUGUUAGUUGAAGGUCUGUAUUAGAAAAAAGUGCGGUCUUAUACAAAAUUAUUUUAAAAAAUGUUGAAAAUGUAGCUUAAAGAACAAACAAUGACUUAUUUUACUUUCACCAAAAAAGCUAGCCAAAACAAUUACCAGAAAUGUUCCUUGAAAAGGUAUGAAUUAAUUUGACCCACAAAACUGUAUUAGCGGUGCCACACCCACGCAGGUAGGCAGGUGGAGACAAUGUCCUGACAGAGCCACUGCCAGGUGAAAAUGAAAAAGUUACUCCUCCACUUCCCUGCUCUCUAAAUCACGAGUUGUACAUGCAAACAUACACACACACCCACAUCCUCACAGCUGCACAGCUGUUGGGCUGAGACAGAUGAGGGGAGGAACCCAGACCUUCUGAUGAGAGCCAGAACCAGCUCCAGAGAGAGAGAGAGAGAGAGAGAGGGAGAGGCAGACAGUGUCAGAGGAAAGCUAGUCUACAGCACUGCAACUCUUACUGUCAACCUUUAAGACUUGACUCUGCCUCUGGCACCGGGUUCUGGGGGCACCAUGCAAGGGCGCACAGGAAAAAACCCCAAGAGAGAGAUGGUGAUUGAGUUACCACAGCAGUACAGGAGCCUGGCUGAGACUGAGUCUGAGCUGGAGGCUGGGUCACAAGUGGCUGUGGUGAAACCAAAGAUUAUAGAACCUGUGGACUAUGAGUAUGUGCUUCUUCAGAGGAAGAUGCAAAUUAUGAGUGAUCCUCUUCGGGACAUGCUGCAGUUUCCAACAGACGACUUUCAGAUCUCCACACUACAGCGCCAGGGCAGGACUUUGUUUUCCACUGUGCCAGAGACUGCUGAGAGGGAAGGCUGCUCACUAUUUGUUCAUGAGUGCAUCAAGACCUACAGGUCUAACUGGCAUGUGGUCAGUUACAAGUAUGAAGGAUAUUCUGGAGACUUCCGUCAGCUCACACAUAAGAUAUUACCAUCAGAGAAACUGGCAGCUCAUGUAUUUGAAGUGGAUGAAGAUGCAGAAAAAGAUGAGGACACCCUUGGUUCCAAAAAGGGAGGGGUCUCCAAACAUGGCUGGCUCUACAAAGGCAACAUGAACAGUGCAAUCAGUGUUACCAUGAGGUCCUUCAAGAGAAGAUAUUUUUAUCUUGCUCAGCUUGGAGAUGGCUCUUAUAAUCUUAACUUCUACAAAGAUGAAAACACCUCAAAAGAACCCAAAGGAACCAUCUUCCUGGAUUCAUGCACAGAAGUUGUUCAGAACACCAAAGUUCGUCGCUUUGCCUUUGAGCUGAAGAUGCAGGACAAGAGCAUGUUUCUGUUAGCUGCGGACAGUGAGGCAGAAAUGGAGGAUUGGAUGAACACACUCAACAAGACCCUUCACAGCAGCUUUGAGCAGGCCAUGCAGGAGAAGAAGAACAGAGACUUGCAAGAUGAUGAGGAACAAGAAAAAACAGACCUGACCUCCAGUUGCUUUCAGGACAGCUUCCAGACUGGGAGAGAGAUUGAUAUCAAAACGAGGAGUGAUGCUCAUCCCAAACUCUUCACUCUUGAUCCUUUUACACAGAAACUGGACUUUACUGGCCUUGAGCCAGACAUACGGCAGUUUGAGGAGAAGUUUGGAAAGAGAGUCCUUGUCAGCUGCAAUGACCUGUCCUUCAACCUGCAAGGCUGUGUGGCUGAAAAUGAAGCUGGACCCACAACCAACGUGGAGCCUUUCUACGUGAUCCUGUCCCUUUUUGACGUCCAGAACAGCAGAAAGAUCUCGGCUGACUUUCAUGUGGAUCUAAACCACCCUCUGGUGCGAGGGAUGACUUCAAGUUCUGUUAAUAAUUCAGAGAUGAACAGCAAUGAAGAUGAUGGACCUCUCAGUGGCUACAAGCUGGCCAGCAUGCUGCCAGAAGGAUCUCUUCAGUACCCCAGGCAGGGGGUUUUCUCAGUCACCUGCCCUCAUCCUGAGAUCUUCCUGGUGGCCAGGAUUGAGAAGGUUCUUCAAGGAGGAAUCACUCACUGCACUGAGCCCUACAUGAAGAACUCAGACUCUGCAAAGGUGGUCCACAAAGUGUUGAAGAAUGCUAGACUGGCCUGCGGCAGACUGGGGCAGUACAGGAUGCCUUUUGCAUGGGCUGCAAGGUCUGUCUUCAAAGAUGCAUCAGGAACUUUGGAUAAAAACUCUCGUUUCUCAGCUCUCUACAGACAGGAGAGCAGCAAACUGUCAGACGAGGACAUGUUCAAACUUCUGGCUGAUUUUAGAAAACCAGAAAAAAUGGCCAAACUUCCUGUGCUCUUAGGGAACUUGGACGUGACUAUUGACAGUGUGCCUUCAGAUGUGACCAAUUGUGUCACUUCCUCUUACAUUCCCGUGAGGGGUUUUGAGGACGUCGGGUCAGGCAGCACUCUGCUGGAGGUUGAGGAGUUUGUGCCCUGCAUUGCCAAAUGCUCACAGCCAUUUACCAUCUAUAAGAACCACUUAUACGUCUACCCAAAACAUCUCAAGUACGAUAGCCAGAAGUCUUUUGCUAAGGCAAGGAAUAUUGCUGUGAGAGUUGAGUUCAAGGAUUCCGACGACGAUGAAGCACAGCCACUGAAGUGCAUCUAUGGUCAUUCUGGUGGUGCUCUCUUUACUACACAUGCCUAUGCAGCUGUCCUGCACCAUCAGCAGAACCCAGAGUUUUACAGUGAGAUAAAGAUAGAGCUGCCGACCCAGCUGCAUGAAAAGCAUCACCUUCUUUUCACCUUCCAUCAUGUCAGCUGUGACAGCAAUAGUAAGAAGAAAGAUCCCGUGGAGAGUCCAGUGGGCUCAGCCUGGCUGGCUCUGCUGAAGGAUGGCAAAGUCAUCAUGAAUGAACAGCCACUCCCUGUGGCUUCAAAUCUACCUGCUGGCUACCUCAGUGCCCAGGACUGCUCAACGAAGCACUGUGGUUCUGAGAUUAAAUGGAUUGAUGGAGGAAAACCUGUCUUCAAAGUUUCCACCUACCUGGUUUCUACCAUUUAUACUCAGGAUCAGCACUUACACAACUUCUUCCACCACUGUCAAAGCAUGGAGGUCUCAGAACAGGGUUCAGAGGGGGACUUGGUUAAAUACCUCAAGAGUCUUCAUGCCAUGGAAGGUCAUGUGUUGGUCAACUUUCUCCCCACCAUCCUUAAUCAGCUCUUUUGUAUCCUGACUAGAGCCAGAAAUGAGGACGUGGCAGUCAACGCUACCAGGGUAAUGGUCCAUGUAGUAGCACAGUGCCAUGAGGAGGGGCUUGAACAUUACCUACGAUCUUAUGUCAAGUUUGUUUUCAAGCCAGAGCCUUACUCUUCCACAGUGGGUAAAACCAUACACGAGGAGCUGACUGGAGCCAUGACAGCCAUACUUAAGCCAUCUACUGACUUUCUGACCAGCAACAAGCUUCUGAAGCACUUGUGGUACUUCUUUGAAGCCCUAGUGAAAUCUAUGGCCCACCAUCUCAUUGAAAGUGAAAAGGUGAAGCUCUCCAGAAACCAGCGAUUCUCUGCCUCCUUCCACCAAGCCUUAGAGACACUGGUUCACACAUUGAUGCCACACAUCACUCAGAAAUACAAAGACAACCUGGACGCAGCAAGCAAUGCCAACCACAGCCUGGCAGUUUUCAUCAAGCGCUGCUUCACCUUCAUGGACAGAGGCUUUGUCUUCAAGCAGAUCAACAACUAUAUGAACUACUUUGUUCCUGGAGAUCCCAAGACCUUGUAUGAGUUCAAGUUUGAGUUCCUGAGAGUCGUCUGCAACCAUGAGCAUUAUGUCCCUCUUAAUCUGCCCAUUCAAUUUGGAACAGGGCGAAUGCAGAGGUUCCAAGAUCUCCAGCUGGACUAUUCCUUAACUGAUGACUUUUGUCAAAACCACUUCCUGGUUGGUCAGCUGCUCAGGGGGGUGAGCAGUGCUCUGCAGGAGUACAAGGAUGUCCGCCAGAUUGCCAUCCAGGUUCUGAAAGGCCUGAUGAUCAAACACACAUUUGAUGAUCGCUACACAGGAAAAAGCCAGCAGGCCCGACUGGCCACUCUUUACCUCCCUCUGUUUGGCCUUCUCCAGGAAAACAUCAACCGUCUGGAUGUCAAGGAGUCAACGAUUCACAACCCAGUAAGUUUGACAUCUCACGGCGUUCAGUCUCCAUUUUCCAAGUGUUUGUAUGUACGUCUAUGUAUAUUUGUGUGUGCGUUUCUAAAAUCAAAAUUUUGUUUCUGCCAGAAUGUAAGGGAGGAGUCAAUAGUGGUGGCUCAAAAAACUGGCAGCAUCGUAGAAAAUGCUCUCCACAAAGAUGUGUGUGGAGUCAUCGCUGUAACAGCACCUCCUCUCAGCUCCAUCCCUAGUACCAUUGCAGUUCACCACACAGACUCUAGAGGUUCCCUGGUGUCCACAGACUCUGGUAACAGCCUGCUGGACAAGAGGAGUGACAUGACUAACUCCCUGGAAAGGAAUCAAGGGUCAUCAACUCUGGGCAGCAAUCUGCUGCGCUGUGACAAACUUGAGGAGGAUGAGAUCAAAAAUCUGCUCAUGUGCUUCCUGUAUAUUCUCCAGAGCAUGUCCGAGGAAGCCCUUUUUUCUUACUGGAACAAAGCACCUUCGUCAGAACUGAUGGACUUCUUUACAUUGGGGGAAAUUUGCUUGCAUCAGUUCCGAUACAUGGGGAAGAGACUCAUUGCCAGGAGCUAUGACAGUCCAGCACCCGCAGCUGCAGACAGGAAGUCUCUGACUCUACCUGUGUCUCGUAACAGGGCAGGGAUCUUACACUCUCGCCUACAGCAGCUGGGAACUUCAGAGAACUAUCACACCUUGAACAUCUACUCUCACACAGAAGCCGAUUUGAGCAGCCAGUGUUUGCUGGAGGCGAAUGUUUCCACUGAGGUGUGUCUCACUGUGCUGGACACACUCAGUAUUUUCAUCAAGGGUUUUAAGACCCUGCUGACCUUAGACCUGGGUCACAACCCCUUGAUGAAGAAGGUCUUUCAGGUGCACUUGUGUUUCCUGCAGAUCCCACAGUCUGAGAUGGCCCUCAAACAGGUCUUUACCUCUCUCAGGACCUUCAUCUACAAGUUCCCUUGUACAUUCUUUGACGGGCGGGCAGACAUGUGUGCUUCUCUGUGCUACGAAAUACUCAAGUGCUGCAACUCCAAGCUCAGUUCUAUCCGCAGUGAUGCUGCCCACCUCCUCUAUUUCCUCAUGAAAAGUAACUUUGACUACACGGGCCGCAAGUCCUUUGUACGGACUCAUCUACAGGUGGUGAUUGCAGUCAGUCAGCUGAUUGCAGAUGUCAUCGGUAUCGGAGGAACCCGUUUUCAGCAGUCCCUCUCCAUCAUUAACAAUUGUGCCAACAGUGACAAGAAUGUGAAGCAUACUGCCUUCCCAUCUGAUGUAAAAGACCUGACAAAGCGCAUCAGGACGGUGUUGAUGGCCACAGAGCAGAUGAAGGAGCAUGAGAAUGACCCAGAGAUGCUGGUGGAUCUACAGUACAGUUUGGCCAAGUCCUACACCAGCACCCCCGAGCUGCGCAAGACCUGGCUGGACAGCAUGGCGCGCAUCCACAACAAGAAUAGAGAUCUCUCUGAGGCUGCCAUGUGUUAUGUGCACGUUGCUGCUCUAGUGGCUGAGUAUUUGUGGAGAAAAGGAAUGUUUAGACAUGGAUGCUCUGCAUUCCGUGUUAUUACACCAAAUAUUGAUGAAGAGGCAGCCAUGAUGGAGGAUGUAGGAAUGCAGGAUGUUCACUUCAAUGAGGAGGUUUUAAUGGAGCUGCUGGAGGAGUGUGCUGAAGGCCUCUGGAAGGCGGAGCGAUAUGAGCUCAUUGCUGAUGUGUACAGGCUCAUCAUCCCCAUUUAUGAGCAGAGGAGAGACUUCGAGAAACUGUCACACCUGUAUGACACACUGCACCGGGCUUACACUAAAGUGAUAGAGGUGAUGCACUCAGGCAAGAGGCUGCUGGGCACACACUUCAGAGUGGCCUUCUUUGGACAGGGCUUUUUCGAGGAUGAAGAUGGAAAGGAAUACAUCUACAAAGAGCCAAAGUUCACGCCAUUGUCUGAGGUCUCUCAGAGGCUGCUGAAGCUGUACUCUGAUAAGUUUGGCCAAGAGAACGUCAAGAUCAUUCAGGACUCUGGCAGGGUGAACCCAAAGGACCUGGACUCCAAGUAUGCCUACAUCCAAGUGACUCACGUCUCACCUUACCUGGAGGACAAGGAGCUAGAGGACAGGAAGACAGACUUUGAGAAAAACCACAACAUCCGACGCUUUGUAUUUGAGACUCCUUUUACAACGUCGGGCGGAAAGCAGGGAGGAGUGGAGGAACAGUGUAAACGCCGGACCAUUCUCACCACCACACACUGUUUCCCGUAUGUGAAGAAGCGAAUCCCGGUCAUGUACCAACAUCAAAGUGACCUGAGCCCAAUCGAGGUGGCCAUUGAUGAGAUGAGUGCCAAAGUGGCCGAGCUGAGGAUGUUGUGCUCAGCUUCAGAGGUGGACAUGAUCCGACUACAGCUGAAACUGCAGGGCUGCAUUAGUGUUCAGGUAAACGCUGGUCCUCUUGCUUAUGCCCGAGCCUUCCUGGACAACAGCAGUGCUAAGAAAUACCCCGACAACAAGGUCAAACAACUGAAAGAGGUCUUCAGGCAUUUUGUGGACGCCUGUGGUCAGGCACUCGUAGUAAACGAGAGACUGAUCAAAGAGGACCAACAGGAGUAUCACGACGAGAUGAAGGCCAGCUACAGAGACCUGACCAGGCAGUUGUCCAGCAUUAUGAAUGAGCAGAUCAACCCAGUGGAGGACAGUAGCAGGAGCGCUCUCUUUGACUCCAUGGGCAUCUUCAACGCCAUCAGUGGCACACCCACCAGUGCCAGCCCACAUGGCUCCACCACUGUACUCUAACUGAGUUGUUUCCUUCAGCUCUCAUAAUUGCCUUCUGUUUGUUUUGAAUGAAGGUCAUACCCGUCCAUCAAUGUUUCCUGUGGAGACUUUGGAGCCAGGUUUGAGCCACAGUCUGUUUUUGUUUUAUCCUGUAUAACAGUAUGUUUUUUUACACUAUUUUUUACACUUCUUUUCCUGUUUCAAAUGCACAUGAGCCAUUUUCUAUUCAACGUUUGAAUUCAUUUGUCUCUCUAUUCUGGGCCAGUGGACUCUACUACAUUAUGUGUGCAAUAUUUUCUAUUGUUUCAGUGGAUGAACCCACUGGAACUCACUCUAGCCUAAAGAAAAAACAUAAUUCAAAUGUCCUUUAAAAAUACAUUUCUACCAGAGGAACUAGUACUAGGACCUGGGAAUGGUACCAGGAACUAUGGGUGCCUGUUUCCACUGCAGGAGUGAGAAACUAAAUGGAAGUUUAGGAACUGUUUUUUUUUAAUAAUCAAGUUGAUCUUUUUUUUUCUAACUGUAGACUUUUUCCAGAGAGCUGAAACCUAACUUCCCAAGUCUAAAAAAUGGCUGCAUGAUAUUUCACCCACGAUUACUGGGAUAAAAAAAAAAAAUGAAGUAUCUAUGAGAAGGGUGUACUUUUAACAUCCUUGACAUAUUCUUUAACUAAUGUAUGAUUUGGGUAAUAUAAUCUGUGAGAUGAAAGCUAAAAGCUAAAAAUAAACCUUUAAAUGUUCAUGUAAAUAUGCUUGGAAUUUUAAUAAAUGAAUUUUUAAGAAACAGAGGUUUUUUUAAAGAAUAUUUAGUAUAUAGAGUAUAUAAAAAAUCUUUUUGUGAGAUGUAAUAUUUGUGUAUUUGACUUUUAUUUAUUUUCUUAUUUUUGUUUAGUCUGGUGCAAAAUGAUGAAAAGAGAUGUGUAUAGAAUAAAAGUGGUAGGCUAUUGUAGUAAUAUUUAAUCUGUUGUAAAUUAACUUUCAAAUACAGAUGAAAAUCUCAAAUGUUUUUAAAAUAUAUGGAAUUUAAAUAUCUUGCUUGAAAAACAAAGUAUUUUUUAAAUUUACUGAAUAAAUGUAACAACACUAGAAAUGGAUCCUAAAUAUCAAAGGAGGAACUUGUCAUGUUGGAUAUUCCUGAUAUAAAACUUUAAUUGUCUGUUAUGAGGAAAUGUAGAAAUAAGUAAAAAAAAAAAAAAAAAAUCGAACAAAAAAAACAAAACAAAUCACCACAUCACAGAGUUCACCGGGGCAUUUUCUUAUCAGCUUGUAAAUAAAGCCUGUUCUCUAAGGUGUUAUAAAAAUGAUAA